CCUUAGAUGGUGAACUUUUGCGUCUCCGUCCAAACCCGAUCGUCCGACCCUCUGCCCUCAGUCGCUUCUCUUGUCGCCAUGCUUUGAAACCGGCAAUUUCUUUCAUUGAUCAAAGAUUAACCCAGGCACUAUUCUCUUCUCGGCUCCAUUGUGACACCCAGUUCCAAUGAUAGGCGAAGUCCAUUUGUCCAGGUCUCCAGAACUCGAGCCGUGCGUGUGUCUCCCAUCCCAUAACUACGGCCUUCCCAGGGUUGCGUCCCAUCUCGGCCAUAUCCGGUGCUGCGCUAUUCCAGUUACCUAGGGAGAAGAAGAAGACAGAUUCUGUGCCACACGACUGCCACGAAUACUUGUGGACUCUCGUCUGUGGUCACCGUCGUCCUCCCCUCACCUGUCUUCUCGCUACCUAGGUAGCCAUGGGGGAGCCCAGCUCUUACCCGGCUUUCAACGACAUCGUCGCGAUCCGCUCCGAACAUCCCGAUCACGGUGGCGAUGGAGAGUUGCGGAAUUGGUCGUCCCUGAUUGGCAUCGUCACUGCCAUUGUUGGCAACGUCCUUAUUGCGCUGGCCCUCAACGUUCAGCGAUAUGCACAUCUCCGUCUACAUCGGGAGCGCGUCCGAAUACGACGACGAGCCAAGGAGGCAUUUAGGCGACUCGAGAACAACAAUCGUUCCUCGGGCGUCUAUGGAAGUUUGGGUCGCGAAAACGGGCACCGGGGUAGUAAUGCCGAGGACCGUCCUCACAACAACCGAGCCGCCGCUGCCGACGGCAACAACAACGUCGACGACGACGAUGAGUAUGAGUAUGCCCACGAAUCCGACCUCUUAACACGAUCAUUCCGCUCCGAGGAUUCCGCCGGCUCCGACACCUCCGAUGAACAAGCGAAGGCCUCCUCCUCAUACCUCAAGUCCCCCUACUGGUGGACCGGCCAAAUAUUGAUCACACUGGGCGAGCUGGGCAAUUUUUUGGCGUACGGCUUUGCGCCAGCGUCUAUCGUCUCCCCCCUGGGAGUCGUUGCCCUGAUCUCCAACUGCAUCAUCGCUCCGAUUUUUUUCAAGGAGAUCUUCCGACAGCGGGACUUCUGGGGUGUCGUCAUUGCCGUUGGUGGCGUCGUUACCGUUGUUCUAAGCGCGAAUCAGGAGGAGACGAAACUCGACCCCAACGACGUUUGGCGUCAUAUUAAGACCAUCGAAUUCGAGGUGUACUUGGCUGUGACCAUAUCCCUCAUCGCUAUCCUGAUGUGGGCCAGCUCCAGGUAUGGCACACGAACCAUUCUGAUUGAUCUUGGCCUUGUAGGUCUGUUCGGAGGUUACACCGCCCUGGCGACCAAGGGAGUGUCGUCCAUGCUAUCUUCGACCCUAUGGAGAACCUUUACGACACCGGUCGCCUAUGUCCUAAUUUUCAUCUUAAUCAUGACCGCUAUCAUGCAAAUUCGAUAUCUCAACAAAGCCUUGCAGCGAUUCGAUUCCACCCAAGUGAUACCCACCCAGUUCGUCACAUUCACACUCUGCGUCAUCGUCGGCAGCGCCGUCCUCUAUCGAGAUUUCGAGCGCACCUCUGCCACACAGGCCGCCAAGUUUGUCGGCGGCUGUCUGCUCACCUUCUUCGGCGUCUUCCUCAUCACUAGCGGCAGGCCGGACCACGAUGAUGAGGAACACCGUUUAUCAGAUGUACCUGGCAUAGAGGAGACCAUCGGGCUCGCUCACCAGGACACGAACCAGCCCUCUUCCCGGUCGACCGCAUCGGGCGGACCAACGAGGUCUCGCGGUUCCUCUAAAGCGUCUCGUCCCGACCCCUUCCUGGGCGACCCUCAGCCCUAUGCGAUGGGCCGUGGCUUCGAGGCGUCUUCGUAUCCACGCGCUCGUACCCAUCGCCAUGGGAGCCUGGGAUCCCAAGAGUCGGCCCCCUUGCUGUCGAAACCGUGGACCGCUAGUCUGGCGGAUCAUCAGGUCGCGCCGCCCCCCGGGGUGCGCACAAUCUCCGACGACUCUGCCACGACGCUCUCAGGUCUGGCAGCCGCACAGUCUGCUCCCUCGUCGCCUCCUCGUAGCAGCCAGUAUCUGCCAGCCCGUCCCGGCGAAACGCCCACAACGCCACGCGCCUCGCUGUCACUGCCAGCCCAAGCGCCCAGGACGCCAACCCACCACUUCAGCGGGACCAUCUUCUCACCCUCGCCGCUGUCAUCCACCGUCAAUGCUGUCGUCAAGGACACGCUUCUCAGGGAUACGGAUCACCCGUAUCUGAGAAGGCCGUCCGUGCGCAGGCUUCGCUCGGGUAUCCGCGCGAGCCUCUUCAUCCCGGAUGACGACGGGCAGAAUUAUGAUGUUGGAACGCGGAGCGACGAGAGGAGGAGACCGGCUGCUCGGUCCCAUGGUUGCCUGGACGAGACGGCGCACGAGCCGAGUCGAGAGGGGCAGACGGAGUCGCCGUUUGACGGGAGGACGAGGCCGAGGAGCUUGAGUGAUACCCUCGGCGAGCUUUUCAAGUUGAAGAGGAAGCCGAAGAGCCGACAUGAGGACCCCGCGUAGGAACAUUGUGUGUUGUAUAUUCCGGGGAUUUUGCUCAUGGUGUCCCGGGGAGGAGAGGAGGUAAUGCAGUUAACUCGGCGGGCACAAGUUGUUCUUUUUUUUUUUUCUUCUUUCUUUUUAUGGUCAUUGCAUUUCCUCGCGCGGCGUUAUGGUAGAGGGCAACGGCCGGGAUCUCGAGUUCCUAUGAUAUUUCUCGUGGAUGAGGUUGAUUUUAAGUCUUUUGCAAGUGUUUCCCUAUAGCCCUUUGAUUCCCCUCUCGUGUCCAUAUCCAGGCACAAAACAUAUAAUAAUGGCAUAACUGCGUCAUCUUAUUAUGGCGGUUCUAAUCGGCAGCG